AGCUGGACCAAUGAGCUGCAGCGGGAGGUGAAAUCCGGUUCUAACCGGUCCGGGGCUCCCAGCGCUAUAAAAACUUUAUAAACCCCCCGGAGCCCGAGCAGUGUGAAGAAGAGGCGAGAACGACCCCCGGACCGACCCAAGCCGCGCGUCGCUGCAUCCUCGCCCAGCGCCUCCGUCCCGCCGCCACCAUGCCCAAGAGAAAGGCCGAAGGUGAUGCUAAAGGAGAUAAAGCAAAGGUGAAGGACGAGCCACAGAGAAGAUCCGCCAGGUUGUCUGCUAAACCUGCUCCUCCAAAGCCAGAGCCCAAGCCUAAAAAAGCCCCUGCAAAGAAGGGAGAGAAGGUACCCAAAGGGAAGAAGGGGAAAGCUGAUGCUGGCAAGGAUGGGAAUAACCCUGCAGAAAAUGGAGAUGCCAAAACAGACCAGGCACAGAAAGCUGAAGGUGCUGGAGAUGCCAAGUGAAAUGUGUGCAUUUUUGAUAGCUGUGUACUUCUGGUGACUGUACAGUUUGAAAUACUAUUUUUUAUCAAGUUUUAUAAAAAUGCAAAAUUUUGUUUUACUUUUUUUUUUAAAGCUAUGUUGUUAGCACACAGAACACUUGUUUUGGGGAAAUGAGCAUCUGUCACUAAUCGAAUGUCUCCAAAGCUGGAUAGAUACAGGGAAAACACCUUUCCCUGCUAGAUUUGAGAGACUUCUUGUUGGCUCCCAGGAGGAGGAAUUCCCUCAUGUUGACACACAGCCAUCUUGGCACAAACACCUUGUGAUGUGGGAAAACUCAAAAUAACUUGUCCUCCUCCUCCUCCUCCAUCAUCAGUAUAGACUUAACUCCCUUAAAACCAGAGGCCAGUCGGGACCUUGACCCUCCCUGCCCCCCCCAAUUGGUUUUUCCAAUGUGCCAGGCAAUCUGGACUUGACAGUGACAUAUUGAGAUGGUGUUCCUUAAAAGAGCAGUGGUUUCCUUUUCUAAAUCAUGGAUUUUCAGAUUGAUAAUUCUGCCAUUUUCACUUCCUGAAAGUCAGGGUCGGCUUGUGAAAAGUUGUUAAACAACAUGUUUAAUGUGAAAUGUCAACCCUCACUCUAAACUUUCCCUAUUCAGAGAUUCAAAUGAAGACGUCAUUGGGUUUUAUAGUGGCUUUCUGAUUUUGAUAGUCCAUCCAAGAAGGGAGUUUGAAAGUUGUUGUAUACUGUUUAAAAACAAAAAAAGAUUGUCUGCCCAUGUCCUGCCUGAAAUACCAUGAUUGUUUAUGAAAAGUAUCUUUAAUAAAGCUGGAUACAGUUUGGCUUGGAA